CACAGACUCUCUCUCCUCUCUGUCUCUUUCUCUCUCUCUCUCUCUUACUUUCUCUUUCUUUCUUCAAGUCUCUCAUCGCAUAUUCACAGAUGGGGGGUGAAUCGUGGUGAUUAAUGGUACAAACUUGCUUUUUGGUGGAGUGAGAAAGAACCUGAUGCCCUUUUGAUGUGUGAGUGGGUGGUGCUGUUUCUCUCUCUCGCUCUCUCUCUCUCCAUUCUUUUGGUUGUUUAUUAGUCUUCUAGGACUUCAUUUCUCUCCCAUUUUCUGUCAAAAACAACAUCCAAUCUCAGAAAACAGCUUCAAAACCACGAGAUUCAUGUAGUCACUGAGAAGAAAAGAGAAAAUGAAUCUGGUUUUGCGGUCUUGGUUUUACACUGGAUAUCUUUGCAUAGGGCUCAGAUGGAUGAAAAAGAUUCAAGUGGGGUUGUUUGAUCUCAACACUUACAGUUGGUGGUGGUGUUGCUGCUGCUUCUGCUGCUUUGUGUUGGUGGCUUUGUGGUGGGGUUUGGAGUGUAAGGAGUUAGUGAGAAAGUGAAAAAAAAAAAAGGAGAGAGAGAGAGAGAGAGAAAUAAAGGGCUAUUGUUGUUAUAUAUGCUGAAGUCUAAGUUAAAGAUAAGGCCAGAGGUAGAGAUUGUAGAGCUUGUGACUGUUGGAGAAACAGCACAAGAAGAGAGAAGCUUUUCAUCAGAUGUUAUCCAUUGCAAAACUUCCACCAGAUCCCUCAUGCUCUUGUGAUAUUCCACAACUGAAUACUAGUAAUGAUGAGAGGGCUUCUCAUAAGCUUGCCUUGCCAGAGGUAGAUCUGUCCAAGCCAGCCCUACUAGCUGAAACCCCACUUCCCAAAUUCUCCAUAAGAGAUUAUGUUUUUAAGGCUCGAAACAAGGAUAUCGAGACCAGUUGGCCCUUUUCUUCUGAAAACCUGCAACUUUGCUUGAAACAUGGCGUGAAGGAUGUGCUGCCACCAUUUCAGGCUCUUGAUAAAGUGAGGAAUCAAUCCUUUAAGAGAUGUACGGUUGAAAGUUGUACAGUUGAGAAUAAAGAUAAAAACUUAAGCAAUUUUGAUGGAGAGCCAGCUGGGCCUAAUGAUGAUGAUGAUGAUGCAGUUUUAUUAGACUUGUCCAAAAACACCCAAUUGAACCAGAAGCCAGCAGAAGAAGAUUGCAUAGAGACAACUUCAUGUAGGUUUGAAGGAGAAAAUGAUUUCCCAUCCACAACUACAAGUGUUUCUCAAUCUGAUGAUAUAGAGUCACUUCCCACUAAUAGGCCAUCUAUCUCAUCCUUAGAAACUGAUCAUACUUUGCCUGAAGCCUCAGUUGAAGUUGAAGAAGCUGCAGGUCUUGUUCCUCCACCCCACAAGACUGAAAGCACAAUUAGAUCCUCUGGUAAGAAGUGCAGAUUGGUUGUGAAAUUUGGUGCCAACUCUGAUCGUAGCUCCACUGAAGACAUCACUUCAAAUUGUACUACUGUGUCAGAAUUAACAAUGGCUUCAAAGAUAUGCCCUGUUUGCAAAAUUUUCUCAUCAUCUUCCAACACCACCUUGAAUGCUCACAUUGAUCAAUGCCUUUCUGUGGAGUCAACUCCCAAGUGGAUGGCUGAUCCUAAACUAACCAGGCAUAGGAUUAAGCCGAGAAAGACAAAAUUAAUGGUGGAUAUCUACACUACGGCUGCAAGUUGCACGCUAGAAGAGCUUGAUAGAAGAAAUGGUACGAACUGGGCCACAGUUGCAACCUUGCCUACUCGGGAUAAUGACAAGUCUGAUAUGCCUGCUGAAGGGAGAAAGCAAAGAAUGUUGCCGGUUAAUGCACCAGAUGCUGGUGAUGUAGGUGCAGUCUAUAUUGAUUCCAAUGGCACCAAACUUAGGAUUUUAUCCAAGUUUAAUGAUGCACCAUCUGUGUCUAAAGUGGUGGAGGAUCUUGGACCAAGGAAACCUCCUAAAGGAGGCAAAGGAACCAAAUUCCUUCCAUCCAAAAAGAAAAAGCGUCGGGGAAACAAACAUCACAAGUAUCUUAAACUUGCUACUCAAAGCAAAAAAAAUUUCUCUCACAAGAGCCAUUCUACUCAGAUUUAUGGGGAUCAAGGAGUUUAUCAUGGAGAGGAAGAAAGGUGCGAGAAGAAUGAACAUCAAAUACAGAAGCAAUUUAAACCUAAUGAUUCUGGACAUGUAAGACAAUGGGUGUGCUCCAAAAGAACUGUAGUUGCAAAAAAGAUCAAUAGAAAAGACGAUCAUCAACCUCCAAUUGAGAGUGAUCAAUUUUGUUUUCGCGCUUCUCCUGCGGAGAGAAGUCAGGUCUCUAAACCUUCAAACAUGUCACAAAAUCCAAUUUCUUCUCCCGAAAACACUGAGAGAAUGAAGAACCCAUUUUGUGAAGCCCGAGUUAGUGACAAGGAGCGAUCUCCUGGGAGAAAAAGAGUGGGAAGUCCCUUGUUUGGAGCCAGGAGCAGUGACAAUCUUGAGAGUUCCCUUCCACCAAUGAAGAGAAAUGUCAACCAGUUGAGCAAAGACAGCAAUUCUGUUUGUGAAGGUUGUAUGUUGACACGUCCAAAGUCUACAGGAAAUUGUGUAUGUUUGUUGAGCAGCAAGUUGGAUGAUAUUGCUGCAGGACCAAAUCAGAAUUCUGAUGCUCCUCCUGAUGCUAGCACAAAUUCAUCGAGGAGUUUUCAUUCCCUAUCAUCAAAAGCCAUGAAAGUCUCUUCGUUAAGGAAAACUGUGUUGGCUUUCAGAAGUGGAUCAUCUGUGACUGAAUCCAGACCAGAUGUGAUCAAGAAGUGUUCCAUUCUUAGGAAUUCUCAAGCGCAGUUGAUGCCAGAAAUAGAUGAAGAGUUUGCGGCCUGGUAUUCUGAUCAAGCCGAUCAGCAAUAUGAUUUGAUGCACAAUCAAAUUGAAAAUCAGUCUGGAAGAGAGGAGACAUCUUACAAAAUGUCUAUUGGUAGUAGCACUGUACUAAAAAUCAAACAAGAUAGAGCACUAAGUAUAUCUCAAAGGGAGGAAGCUAUGGCUUUGAAGAGUUCACAGUUAGCUCCUCAAUGUCAUGGAUAUGAUGAGGAUGAAAACAUGGAUUCUUCUGAUAGAGCUGGGGAUGAUUUUCUGGACAAAGAUGAUGAUGGCUCAGAAUUUGCUCAAAAGCAGGUUUGGGUCCACGGGCAGGAUGUUGUCAUGGAACCAGCUACCAAUGACACCAUUGGGGAGAAUGUUACAAGUUUGUGUAAAUCUGUGGAUUCUGAACUACAACAUAAGCUGGGAAAUUGUUCUGAGAGCCGGUCCUCUGUCCGAUCUAUUGAUCAUUAUAAAGGUCCCUUGUGUGCAGCUGAAGCAUCAACAUGUCCAACAGAUCCAAAUUUUAUUGAUGGACAGGAGAUAUAUUGUAGUGCUGAAGUGGGAAAUGGCUUGAUUGGGAAAAAUGUUCAUAUUGGGGAGGAAAUGGAUUCUGAAAUUGGGCAGGCAAACUUUUUCGUAGAGGUAGAUCCAAUUCCCAUUCCAGGGCCACCAGGAUCAUUUUUGCCAAGUCCUGGAGGGGAUAUGGGCUCAGAAGAUCUUCAAGGGAACUCAUCAUUAACCACAAGCCGGGUUCAAUCUUCUCAAGAUCAGCAUGAUUUCAUUGAUGGGGAUUCAUCAGAUUCUCCUAUUUCUGCAACAUCAACCAUCUCCAAUCCCACAAUGGCUGAAUAUGAUCAGAAGUAUUGUGAACCGUUAUCAUCUGUAGGACCUCAAUCAGUUCAAGACAAGAUAAGGUCAGGCUUCUCCGGUGCUGGCAUUGAGCCUUCAGUAGAAAGUGCUGCAGUAGUUCGACGGACAAACAGUGCAGGAGUAGAAAGGGUUACUUUUGAUGGGGAGAAUUGUAAAGUAAAUAAGAUUUCUAUUGAAAAGGGACCUCUCAGUAUCAAAGGUGAUGAGCCAUGCUGUUGCCAAAGGAAGGAGAGAACUUCUCAAGGUAUUGCUUUAAAUUUUCAAGAUUCACAAUUAUUAAAACGAAGGGCCAUAGUUUCCGUGACAACACCCACCAUGGGAAAGCAAAUGGGUUGCAAUAUGAACACAAGACCUGGAAAUUCAGAUGCAAGGUCUGAAAUGUUUUCUCUGAACAGUUGUGCAAGUUCAAAAUCUGAAAAGAUUGUUCCCCCCAUCACAAAAUCCUCUGCAGGUCCCCUUCCUUUGAAGGGUUCCCCAGAUGCAGGAGUGAAGUUUCCAGGUCGUGGAAGUUGUGAUUCUCCAUGUACAUCUGCUUCUAAUCCUGUACUCAGGCUCAUGGGGAAGAAUUUGAUGGUGGUCAACAAAGAUGAAGAUGCAUCGGUGCCACUUGGUCAGGCCCAACCACAUUCCCAAAUCAAUCAUCUAACCUCAAGGUUUCCAACAUUUUCUGAUGUCUCUCCUGUAAAUAUGCAAAAUCAGGUCUACCAUUCCUAUCAUCAUAUGGUCCCUCAAGUAGGUCAGGAUCCACAUAAUUUGGCGGGGCAAUGUUUUGAUGGAAGGUUGCCAAACAGUUUUAGAAGCCAGACUACGCUGAAAACACCACAAACGUUUGCACGAGGACCAGCAGGCUUGUUUCCGGACCACUGUAAGGAUGGUGGUUUCAUUGCUUCCAUGGAGCCUCAUGAGUAUAAAGGUCAUCACAGUACCGUGGCAGCAGCUCAACAAAAUAAAUCCAAGAGCAGACCAGUUGGAGCAUCCACAUACAAUAUAGAGAAAUUUAUAACAGUUCCUCCUGAUCACUGCCAGCAGAUGAUUGCCCAUUCUGUUGCCAAUGCCAAUAAAGAAAUUAUCAUCCUUGAUGACAUUCCGGAUAGUGAAGCCGAUUUGGCCACUGAUGUCUCCAAGUAUCCUGGAGGGUUGAGGGAAAGGCAGGUUACUUCAUCUGCAGGCAUUGCAAUUCCAGUGGUUCCAAACUAUAACUUAAGGCAUCCGAAUCCAUUCUCUUAUUAUCAGUCGCAGGACCCUUCUCUUCUCAAUGAAUUACCAGUGGUGCAUAAUGCCACCUCUCAUGCAAUCCCCUCCAGAGGAGCUAAUGCAAGUCCUGCUAGGUGGAGUUGUACUUCAGAAGGUUCUGGGGUGCUGCAACGAGGCCCUUUUUUUUCUGCAUCUCCUUCAACGGGUCAUCUGAGGUCUGCACUAUAUAAUUCUCCAAGCUUGUCAUAGUUGGCGAUUUUUUGUUUGUGGUGGGGCAUUUUCAUACCUGGUCAUGAUAGCAGGUUUUGCUUCAAUCUUAUAAUGAAAUCUUGAGCUGCUCAUAGAUUACUGAUUGGCUGAAACUUUUGGGGAUAACAAAAAUAAAGGUGGUUGAUCAAAUCAAGGAUGGUACCUGCACAAGUUUAGCUGUUGAAAUCUCUCAGCUUGAGUUCGUAUAUAUUUUAGUGUACUGUGUGUCAGGUCCAAAUAUUACACAGCUUAUGAGGCUUCUUGCUUAGGCAAAUCUUAAAGCUACCCAGAGACUAGAAAAUGUAUAAGCAAUCCAUGAAUAAUAGUUGACAAGGAACCUUAGCUUGAAGUCAAUGGAGUUGAGCGUUCCUUUUGAGGAAAUGUAUUAUGUCUGUUUUUUGUUAAUUUUAUUUUGUUAGAGCUGCUUCUUUCUCUUUAA